AUGUCAGGGCAAGCACCACCGCCGUACCUUUUACUGUUUGAACAAAUUCCAAGAGGUUACACUCAGUUGCCGACACUUCCCCGCACUGCUCUGGUUGAGAAGCUCCACAAUGCUAUUCAAUCCUCCCGUUUCGUACUUUUGUCCGCUCCUUCGGAAUAUGGGAAGACAACGGUGAUGAAUUUGUUUAUUCUUCGGUACACUGCCGUUCACUGCAUCCCGAUCUCAUUCUACACUCCCGACGUGAUCGUCAACGAGCUCGUUGCUACUCAUGGUCUCGAUGUAUUACAGAAGUCAUGUCAACUGCCACAAGAUGUGGGCAAAGAUCAGCUUGUAGUGUUCAUGCUGGACGAUGCUCAAAGCAAAUUUGAAGAUAAAUCAUUUUGGAAUUCUCUUAUUGAGGGCUCUGAUCAGUGGCUACCGGCGAAUGUACGCUUUGUCAUCUCGGCGAUACAUAUACUCGCGAAAGAUAUUCAUGACAGACCAAAAGAAAUUGACAGGUUAUCUUGCAAAUUCACCCGAGAUGACUUUCUGUUGGGGAACGAGGAAGCAAUUGGUUUGUUUUAUUAUCCUGGAAUCGAAAACGAUAACCGUGUACCAAAACAGCUGGAAUCCCCAGAGCUGCGAGAUCUGAUCUUUCGGGAGUGCAAUGGACACGUUGGUGCGUUGACGACAGUGGUUAAGGAGCUUUGUCGAGUCAGUCGCCGUGGUUUUAAAAAAAGUGUGGAAGAUGUUAUAUCAUUCUACAAGUCGGAUCAAUUGCCAAAAUAUAUCCCUUGUUUCUCUGGGUGGCACAUGCAGCCAACUCCAAAACUUAAAAGCUUCUUGAGCAAAUAUCUGACAGGUGGUUUAGACUGUGGACCUGAGUGGAGUGGCGAGGACAAGGAAUGCUUUACAAGCUUAAAGGCGGCAGGUAUUCUCACGGGCUCCGAGAACAGCAAUAUUGAAUUCACCUGUCGCCUGGCUGAAAGAUACUACACAAAAGAGAUAUUCCCGAACCGUGGGGUCGAGAACCCAUCCUCACUACAUGGUCUCAUUAGGAAGGUGAUUGGGAGCAUGUCGAUGUCUUUUAUUGAGCGCACGAUCACUCCAACUUACGAGUUUCCGCUCACAACAAACUCAUUUCUGGCUCAAGUCAUGACUGGCAUUGCGCUGUGGACACUCCCGAGCUGCCCGAUCUGUCCAGAUAUUUCGCCAACAUUCCCACAUGCCACUCAUCGUAUAGGGGACGAGUUUGAUUUUUAUGUUGGUGCUGAUCUUUGCUGGGGGAUUGAUGUGCGUCUGAAUGGGGAGGAGACCGAUAUAGUCGAGGCUCGAUUGAGCACUACAGAGAUGAAUACUAGUACACUCCCAGUGACCGAUUUCGUCGUUGUUGACAUCCGAGGAACGAAAACGGGUGGACUUGAGAACAUCCCUCGCACACCAAAUCGAGUUACAGUUGUGUUCAAGCUGACGGAUUUUUCGCGUUGUCGGUGUGUUUUUGGAGAAAGCGAAGGUUCUGAGCUGAUCCAUUUGCAGUGGUAA